AGGACGGGGACAUGUUUUCAAGUACAGCGUCCCGAGGCCUUAGGCUGACAGGGAAAAUAUGCUCCGGAAGCCGGGCCCAGAUCCAUAUCAGCUCCAGGCACAAUCUGCUUUAUGGCUACUGGGCGUAUGUAUUGGGUGAAAGAACCACCAAACGGUUUGGAGCAAACAGCAAGAUUAUUACAGUGGAUGGAAACUUGGCAUCUGGCAAGGGGCAACUAGCGAAGAAACUAGCAGACAGACUUGGUAUGCGAUAUUUCCCUGAAGCAGAUGAACAUUACUUAGACAAGACAACUGGGGAUGGAAGUAUCCUGCCAUCAAAGUUUAGUGGAAAUUGCAGCCUGGACAAAUUUUACAAUGACCCAAAAUGUCCUGAUGGAAACUCAUAUCGUUUGCAGUACUGGAUGUAUAGUGUGCGCCUCAUGCAGUAUUCUGAUGCAUUGGAACACCUUCUGAGUACAGGGCAGGGAGCAGUACUGGAACGUUCUCCAUUUAGUGACUUUGUCUUCCUAGAAGCCAUGUAUAAGAAUGGGUACAUCCGAAAGCAGUGUAUUGAUCAUUACAAUGAAAUUAAGGGCAACAGUAUAGAUGAGUUUUUGCCUCCCCACCUGGUUAUCUAUGUGGAUGUUCCUGCUGCUGAAGUGCACAAGAAAAUCUUGGAGAAAGGACAUACUUCUGAGAAGAAAGCUGCCUUGCCUUACCUUCAGAGUAUUGAAGAUACCUAUAAAGACUCUUUCCUGCCACAGAUUAGUGAGAAAUCAGAGGUUCUGAAGUACUCUGGGAAUGAGGUGCAGGAUGUAGAGAAGGUAGUUGAAGACAUUGAAUACAUGAAGUUUGACAAGGGCCCAUGGACAGAGCAAACUGACGUAACCUUUCAUCAUUUGCGCAUGUUCGUGGAGGACAAAGACAAAGUUGCCAGUCUGAUAACUGUGCCCAGAUACAUCCCAGAAAUCACAAUUGGUGCAUCAGAGUAUGAUUCAGCCUAUUACCAGUACCGAUCGCUACCCGGAAGGAAAUAUGCAAAGGGCUACAAUGCAGAUAUUGGGGACAAAAUGAUCUGGCUGAAGUAAACCAUCUGGGACUGAACUGCAAGCAAACGUCCUACACAGGGCUGACUUCCAAGAUUUAUAAUGAUUUGCUCGGAGGAAGCCUUGGUGCAGAUUUUCCCGAACCGCCGUUAUUUUUCUCUCUGACAGAUUGUGUUGUUGUCAAACCUAAAUAAAUACUAUUUAAAUUUUGCA